AUCGCCUCCGCGCGAGCAACCUGCGCCGAGGCCGGGAGGUCCGCGGCGGAGCGCGCCGAGGACCUUGGGCGCCUGGAGCCGGCCCGCGCCGAGGAGGCCGAACAGGAGCCAGCGCGCGCGGGUGCGGCCCUCCGCGGACAGACGCCCCGCGCCGCCGCCGUCACCGACGCGUGGCUUCGGCGGUACAGCCGGCGCGCGGAGGCCGCGCGGAGCACGGCAGUCGAGUCGAAGGGCACCGCCGGUGCCUCGAUGCCCGGCGACCCUGACCCGUCUCCCGCCAGCCUGAUAUCCGAGAGCCCUGUCCCGUCCCCCGCCAGGGAGGUCUCCGAGACCCCUCCUCCGGGGCCACGGGGUGUUGCUGCGCCUAGCAGCGCGAGCAGCGACGCCCCGGCGCGCCAGGAGGGCGACGACUGCGACUGGUCCUCCGCCGCCGAGGCCCCCGAGGAGGCGGGCGAUUACGGCAGCGUCCCGAAGGGCGACGCCAUCGCGGACACUCUCGACGCCGUCGCGGAACCUCUCGACGCGAUCGACGAGGCCGAGGCGGAAGAGCGCGAGGCCGCCGUCGUAGGAGCGGCCCGCGGCGGUCCGGCGUCCUUGCAGGACUCAGAGGCCGCAGCUGGUGCGUCGGCUGCCGUCGGCCCCCAGCGACGUCAGGCGCUGAUGUCCCACAGGGUCGUCGAGGUGAGGGCAGGCUCUCUGAGGUACUACCCGGCGCUCUCUGCCGGGGAUAGGUCGGCCACUAUCGAGCGCGUGCUCCGCGCGCGCGGCGAGGCGGCGAAGGCCGAGGCCCGCGAGCUUGGACUCGAUGCCUCGACGCUCGAGAAGGCCUGCGAGUCCGUGGCCGGCGCAGGCCGAGCCAUUCUGGCGCCUCCGGCCGCCGACGGCUUUCGCUACUUGGUCUUCGACGUCGCGCUGGCGAAGAGGAGCAAGUUCCUCUAUUUCCAGGAUUGGUCGCAGACAGCGGAUGGCUACUACUACCUCCGCGUGCAGGACAGGCGCACUGGCGUUUGGCAGCCAGUCGCUCUCGCGGCCCAGUCGGGCCCCCCCGUGAUCAGCCGCGCGGCGAGGUCCAUAUGCAAGACCCAUUGCGACCACACCUUCGGCGGGGAGGUAUGGUUCAACGUGCUCAACCAGAUGGGCGGCUGCCCCGCCGAGUUCGUGGACGCCUAUAACGUCGCCGUCGACAGGCGACUCCAGGCGGUCGACCUCCCGCCGCUCGACGCGGCUGCCUCCAGCGCGCGGCGCAGGGACGCGCCUGGCCCGGCGAGCGAACGCCCAAGGUUCCUCAAGAGGCAGGCCGCGACGCUCCUCUGGAAGGCGGCAGACAUCGCAGCCAGUGCCUCGACGCCUGGCGGGCACCCUGAGGACGAUCGCCUCGAGGCGGAGCGCCUCCGCAGCGAAGCCGGCGAGUUGACCCGCCGGAGGCUGGCGAUGCAGGCGGAUUCCGCCAGGGCGGCCAGCCGCCCAGCCACCGGCCACGCGCCGCAGGCUUCGGGCGCGCAGCAGGGCGAGCCGAUCGCGCACUUCGCCAGGGCGCUCCUGAACACGCUGCUGGCGCUCGGCGUGGAGCGCGAGCCGGCGGCCAACAUGGUCGACCCUGGCGGGGGCCAGGGCGGCGACAAGGGCGACGGGGGGAAAAGCGGGAAGGGCAUGGGGCAAGAGGUGAGGCGCCCGGCCCCCGAAAGCCGAGCUGGUGCCUCGACGCCCAGCUAAGGCGCAGAUGGCUGGUGGGAUUUGUCUGCUGAGCAUCACCGAGCGGUGGAAUCUAAUGUCUUCGAUUGCCCCCUGUUGGGCGAAUCACUUGCGCAACCUCGCUGAGUGUCCCCAUAGCACCUCUGCGUGCGCCGAGCGGGGCCCAGAUUCAGGGGGACCGGUGCGCACUUUUUUAAAGGUCCCCCCAUCUGCUCCUCCUCCCCCUCUCGCCCCCUCCCCUUCCUCACCCUCCUCAUCCGUAUCCAUUUUGGUUACAGUCGCCCUCAGGGGGGCAUUCGCGUCGGCACCGCGUGCGCAUUGGCCACAUAUCUUGUGCAGAUGUCUUCAGGAUUUGUCCUGGUACAUAUUAUUACCGUUGCGGCAUCCUCUGCGGCCACGCGUGUGCCUUAUUAUCCCGCCGCCACCGCGGCGCCCUAUAUUGCAAGGGCGGCGUCGCCAGUAUUAACGGUGGCUCGUCCACGGCGCGCUCGAUCGGCGGACGGUGCACGCAAACGCCCACUUCGAACAAUUGAUCGUCGGUUUGCAGUCCCUCAUGGAGCAGUGUGCAUGUAGCUGGACGCCUCAGUGGAAGCUCUGGAAAUCGUUGGCCUGGAACCCGCAGCCGCCCACUCAAACCAAUUUCGAUGAGGGCAGAGCCAGCAGCAGCUUCCAAUGCACGUUUGCGUCAGGGUCUUCGAAGGUCUUCGAGGGCCAAAAUCCGUCAAAAUCCUUAUUAGUUUUGGGGAGGCCGGGAAGCCAGCC